AAAGUUUUCCCUCCAAUUCAGAUAAAGAAUUGCCCAAAACGAGUGGCUUUGAAUCCUCUCCCCUUUCUCACAUCUGAACCCAACAAAUAAAAUAAAACAAAACAAUCCACUGAAACCAUGUCCACAAUAACGCUUUCCUUCAUCAAUGGCAAUCCUGUUCCCUAGUUCUUCUCUCUCCUCAAAACCCAUUGGAACCCAAACAAGGCCUCGCAAUACCAAACCCAGAGGCGUGGCAAUGGCUUCCACAGUCAGAACCAAAGUUGUCCCCGCCGUCAUCGUCGGCGGCGGAAGGGGCGGAAGAGCCCUCCAGGAGAUGGGCAACGGCCAUGAUGUUCUGGUCAAGAGAGGGGACUCUGUGCCGCUUGAUUUCAAUGGUCCCAUCUUGGUCUGCACAAGGAAUGAUGAUCUCGAGGCUGUUCUUGAGGCCACUCCUAAGUCCAGAUGGAACGAUUUGGUUUUCUUCCAGAAUGGGAUGCUGGAGCCGUGGCUUCAAAGUAAAGGUCUUGAUGAUGCAGAUCAAGUAUUGGCAUACUUUGCCGUAUCGAAGUUGGGUGAACCUCCUGUUGAUGGAAAGACUGAUACCAAUCCUGAAGGACUGACAGCAGCAUAUGGUAAAUGGGCCAAUGCAGUAGCGGAAAGAUUACUUGCUGGAGGUCUCUCUUGCAAGGUUCUAAACAAGGAAGAAUUUCAGAAGCAGAUGUUAGAGAAACUUAUUUGGAUUUCAGCAUUCAUGCUUGUGGGAGCUCGUCAUUCAGGAGCAACUGUAGGAACCGUGGAGAAAGAGUACCGCUCUGAAGUGUCUAGCCUCAUUUCAGAACUCGCAUCGGCAGCAGCAGCAGAAAAGAAGUUAGAAUUUGAAGGAGCUAUGGAGGAGAGAUUAUGUGCAUACUCUCGUGCCGUUGCCCACUUCCCUACCGCGGUUAAAGAGUUCAAAUGGAGGAAUGGUUGGUUCUAUUCUCUUUCCGAAAAGGCGAUUGCAGAAGGACAACCCGAUCCAUGCCCUCUGCAUACGGCGUGGCUCAAACAAUUGAGGAUUAUCUAAAAGAUGAAACUUUGUGAUAUUUUGGAUUCGUUUUCAAAAUAAGGGGAAAAAGUAGCGUUUUGGAUCAUCUGCUUAUAGAGUUAUUAGUUGAUACUAUUAGCUUUGAAAUAUGUUUUUACAUCUACGACGUUUGUAGUC